CCCUUCCAGCACAGAUAUCAAAACCCUAGAAAUGGCGUCGGAGGCGACAACGAUGAUGAAGCCAAGUUUCGACAUUAACAAGCUCAGUUACCAAAUCUUCUCCAUUUUAGAGAGCAAGUUUCUCUUUGGAUUUGAUGAUCCCAGGCUGUUUGCCACAGGUAACCCUCUGGAGGCUCCGGUCAAGCCUGCAGACCGCUUCCCAAAACCCUCAAGCGCAGGAAAGGUACGCAUUCUGUCCAUCGAUGCCGGCAACGCUGUCAUCGCCGCCGUCGCACUUGCCCGCCUGGAGGCCUCCCUUGCUGAGCAAUGUGGGGAUUCCACCGCCAGGAUCGCCGAUUUCUUUGAUUUAGCUGCCGGAUCUGGUGCUGGAGGAGUCCUCGCCGCAAUGCUGUUCACCUGUGCGCCGGACGGCCGCCCACUCUUCUCCGCCGGCGAGGCGCUACGAGUCGUCUCGAAGAACCAGCGGAAGUUCCCUUCUGCCAUAAGGAAAACGAUAUUCUGUCGAUCCAGUGGAAUAUACCGUCGGAUAUUUGGGGAAUCAACUCUUCGGAACACGAUCAAGCCUGUGCUGAUACCUUGUUACGAUUUGGCGACAGGGGCGCCGUUCGUGUUCUCGAGGGCCGAUGCGGUGGAGUCUGACGCGUUCGAUUUCUCCAUCCGCGACGUGUGCGCGGCUACUUGCACGGAAAAGAAAACGGUAGAGAUUCGGUCGGUGGACGGCCGGUCGCGAAUCCUCGCCAUCGGCGGAAGCAUUGCAAUGCGGAAUCCGACGGCGACGGCUAUCACACAUGUUCUGAAUAACAAGCUGGAGUUCCCGUUAGCCAACAAUGUCGAGGACCUUCUCGUCGUCUCGCUUGGGAGCAGCAAUUCGUCGCCGACGGAGCUUGUCAAUAUCGCCGGUGAGAAUGCGGCAGAAAUGGUCGAUCAAGCGGUGGCUAUGGCCUUCCGACAAAACGGACCAAUGGCAACCAGCUACGUCCGCAUUCAGGCAAACUUCCUGGGAAGCCGGGGAAUGUCGCCGGCGGCGGCGGAGAAGGAGAUGCUGAGUCAGCGAAGCGUCGACUCGAUGUUAUUUCGUGGGCGGAAGGUAUCAGAUAGAACUAACGGCGAGAGAUUAGAAUGGUUCUGCCGUGAGCUGAUCUCAGAGCACAAUAGGAGGAAGGGGUGCAGCGUAUCGACGGUCAUGAUCAAGCCGACGGCCACGCCGCGGAUGUCAUCGGCGACGAGUUGUACGACGUUUGCAUAAACGGCGACGGCGCCGGCUGUUGCGUCGCUGUAGGGUGAACUGCCCUUGUUAUGGCGAAUGAAAGUGAAUAUGAUUUUCAUUUUCUAUAUGGUUCGUAAGCGUGAAGUCCCUGCUUGGUGUUCGGCCGACCAUGGGAACCGUUCUGUUGGUCCGCAGAGACUACGAAAGAUGGAGCAGAGCUAAAGGAGAGCACUCCAUUUUUUUAUUUAGUUUUAAUUUUAAUUUUAUUUUUUUUUUAACUUAAGUGUGUGGUAGAGGGUAGAUUCUUGUGUUCGGACACUAAACGGAGAGAAUCGUCUUGAUUUCUAUCUGUCAACGGUUAAAGCACAGCUGCUACAGUAAUUGACUGUGCUUUUAAUGUAGAUAGAGAAAAUCUGGACGGUUCUCUCCGAUCUGGUGUCCGCCCACAAUAAAAAA